AUGGACGCAAGUACAGCCAUUGGAACAACAAUUUUAGAUUAUUCUUAUAAACCAACAUUAUCUUUUUUAACAAUGCCGUGGUUAUCUGUGUACUGUGGUCGCGCUGAAACUGGUGGAAACAAUGUAGAGUCAUUCAAGGUUGCAGACACAAAUAGUAUCGCAUUAACUAAUAGUUAUACAAUUAAUAAUACUGACGGUAGUUAUAAAACCGAUACCAGUAAUCAGUAUUCUUUAUUGACAGACGCUAAAUGGAAAACAAUAUUUAAAAACAAUUUUAAUCGUUAUAUUGAACCUAUUGAAUGUGGACAAUAUAUUAAACAAGGACUUCGUACUGCGUCGUCUGUAAAAAUACAACCAUCAUUACAUGUUGGAGUUUGCCCUGUUCCACAAUUAACAACAACAAAUGCUAAUUUUGUACCAGAUAAAUUUACGGACAUUGAAUGUUUAUGGGACAUUGAAACUGAACUUAUAUGUGAAUAUGGAUUGCCAUAUACAUAUACUACAUUUCCUACGUGCCAUACAGAACUCGAAAAUACAUCCAUGGUUGUUGAUAAAAAUACAUCAGAGUCCAUGUUCUGGGAAGAACUAAGUUCAUUCAACAAUCAAUUUAUAUCACCGUCUGCAUAG